CGCAACACGCAGGUGAUAUUCCUCAACUUCUCGCUCCACAGAUUUUACCGUUUCUCUGAAGAAAAGCCUUGUAACAUGGCCGACUCAUCCCCCGAGCGUCCUCAGGCGGAGCAGGACGACGUGUUGGAGCUCAACAAGGAUCUAGAGAAUAUGACGGAAUGCGUUGAGAACAUGUCAGUGCAGCUGACCUGGAUGGCCUACGACCUGGUGGCCCUGCGGACCAGCCCCGAGAUGGGGACCCUGCUCCGGGGGCUGGAGGAGGCGUACCACCGCUGCAGAGCCGCCGUGGGUGGAGCCCGGAGCCGGGAGCCAGAUCCGGAGGACCCGGUUGAUCCCUCUCAGAUCUGAUGUGGUGUCCAGCUCACUGCUGCACUGAGACAAAGGGAGCAAAGCUGUCAAAGCAAGAUUGGAUUCAACUGUUAUUGUGUUUUGUUCAAGUAAAUAUUGUAAUUGUUGUUACGAUCUUAUUGUUAAGGGGCAAGCAGGAAGUUACACGUAACUGCUUCUGACUACAUUCAAAUAAUAUUUUAAAAACAUGUUUUAUUCAGUAAUGUACACUGUAGUAAUUUGAUUUACAAACAGUUGAUGUUAAAAUGGCACCUUUGUUUUGUAAGUAACUAAGUCAUUUGAUU